AUGGGUCCAACCACCCCUGACUGGAGGACUAACAACACCACACUGAAUGAAAGUGACAACAUUCCAAACUUCUGUGUCACCAUGUCAUAUUCCCUGAAUAUUCUAACAGUCAUCGUUGCCUUGGUUGGCCUGGCAGGAAAUGCCAUAGUGCUGUGGCUUCUAGGCUUCAGGAUGCACAGGAAUGCCUUCUCUGUCUACAUCCUCAACCUGGCUGGGGCUGACUUCCUCAUCCUCAGCUUCCAGAUUCUGGCUUCCAUAAUAGACAUCUGUUGUCAAGCCCACAAAAUCUACGUCUUCGUCAUCCACUGUUGGGAAAUUGCAUUCAAUUUUGCUUACCUUGCAGGUCUGAGCAUGCUCAGUGCCAUGAGCACUGAGCGCUGUCUGUCUGUUAUGUGUCCCAUCUGGCAUCGAUGCCGUCGCCCAAGGCAUACAUCAGCUGUCAUGUGUGCCCUGCUCUGGGCCUUGUCCCUGCUGUUGAGCCUCCUGGAAGGGAAUGCAUGUGACAUGUUUCUUCAUUACUUUGGUCUUGGUUGGUGUACGAAACUAAGUUUCAUCACUUUUGCUUGGUUAAUUGUUUUAUUUGUGGUCCUUUCAGGGUCCAGCCUGGCCCUGUUGGUGAGGAUUUUCUGUGGUUCUCGAAGGUUGCUGGUGACCAGGUUGUAUGUGACCAUUGCCCUCACAGUUCUGGUCUUCUUCAUCUUUGGCUUGCCAUAUGGGUUCUACUGGUUCUUCUUAUAUUGGACUGUGGAGAUGGAUGAAGUUUUCCGUUGCAAUGUUUCUGAAAUAACAGUAUUCCUGUCCUGUGUUAACAGCUGUGCCAACCCCAUUAUUUACUUCCUCAUUGGCUCCAUUAGGCACCGCAAGUUCAGGCUGAAGACUCUGAAGGGGCUUCUUCAGAGAGCCAUGCAGGACACCCCUGAGGAAGAAGGAUGGGAUGGAGCUUCUUCAGGAAAGUCUGGGUAA